CAAUCCCAGUAGUACUCGAUGUUAGCUGUCAUGCAGGGCGUUUGCAGUGUUGGUUAGCUGAAUUUGGACGUUUUUAAGUGCUUUAAAGGACAUUUUUAACAUUUCUGUUAAAACGAGUGUGCCAGAAGAGAAAUUGCGAGGAUCUAUUACCCAAAGUGACCAGCUUGGCUGGUGAAGUUCGUGACAAUGACGACGGACAUUAGUAUAGUGAGGUGGGAUCCCACCUUGCAGCAACAGAUUGAGGAAGAUUACGAAUACGACGGUGGAAACUCCUCGUCCAGAUUAUUCGAAAGGUCGAGAAUUAAAGCCCUUGCAGACGAAAGAGAGAGCGUUCAGAAGAAAACCUUCCAAAAAUGGGUCAACUCGCAUUUAGUUCGAGUGAACUCCCGCAUCACAGACUUGUACACCGACCUUCGAGACGGCAAGAACCUCAUCAAACUGCUCGAAGUCUUAUCGGGCGAACGCUUGCCCCGCCCCACCAAAGGAAAGAUGCGCAUCCAUUGCCUGGAAAACGUAGAAAAAGCCCUGAAGUUCCUCAAGGAACAAAGGGUCCACCUGGAAAACAUGGGCUCGCACGAUAUCGUCGACGGCAACCCCAGACUCUCCCUCGGUCUCAUCUGGACCAUCAUUUUGCGCUUCCAAAUCCAAGACAUCACAAUCGAAGAGACGGAUAACCAGGAAACCAAGUCCGCCAAAGACGCUUUACUGCUUUGGUGUCAGAUGAAAACUGCCGGCUACCAGAACGUCAACGUCAGGAAUUUCUCUACUUCUUGGAGGGACGGUUUGGCUUUCAACGCCUUGAUCCACAAGCACAAACCGGACUUGAUUCAGUUCGACAAACUAUCAAAGGCGAAUCCGAUACACAAUCUCAACAACGCCUUCAACGUGGCCGAAGACAAACUCGGACUCACCAAGCUGCUCGAUGCCGAAGACGUUUUCGUCGACCAGCCCGACGAGAAGAGUAUUAUAACCUACGUGGUUACGUACUACCACUACUUCAGUAAAAUGAAGCAAGAGACUGUACAGGGUAAACGUAUAGGAAAGGUCGUGGGUAUUGCGAUGGACAACGACAGAUCAAUUAAAGAAUACGAAAGUCUUACCAGUGAUCUAUUAGCUUGGAUUGAAGCAACCAUAGCUGCUUUGGGAGAAAGAGAGUUUGCAAAUAGCCUGAUUGGCGUCCAACAACAACUAGGCCAAUUCAACAACUACAGAACGGUGGAGAAACCUCCGAAGUUUGUCGAAAAAGGUAACCUAGAAAUUUUACUGUUCACGUUACAGUCGAAGAUGCGGGCGAAUAAUCAACGCCCCUACACUCCUAAGGAAGGUAAAAUGAUCUCAGACAUCAACAAAGCUUGGGAACGACUGGAAAAGGCCGAACACGAACGCGAGUUGGCUAUCAGAGAAGAACUAAUUAGACAGGAGAAACUAGAGCAGCUUGCUGCCAGAUUCAACAGGAAGGCCACCAUGAGAGAGACUUGGCUCAGCGAGAACCAACGUUUGGUAUCUCAGGACAAUUUCGGUCACGAUUUAGCUGCCGUCGAAGCCGCGGCGAAGAAACACGAAGCCAUCGAAACCGAUAUCUUCGCCUACCACGAACGUGUAGAAGCCGUCGUUUCCGUAGCUGCCGAGUUAGAAGCCGAAAACUACCACGGCAUGCAGAAGAUCAAUAACAGGAAAGACACCGUUCUGCGCCUCUGGAAUUACCUCCUGGAAUUGCUUAGAGCCCGUAGGAAUAGGCUAGAUUUAUCGUUACAACUACAACAGAACUUCCAAGAAAUGCUGCACAUCCUAGAUGCCAUGGAGGAAUUGAAAGCGCGCCUACUUGUCGACGACUACGGCAAACAUCUGAUGGGCGUAGAAGAUUUGCUCCAAAAACACAGUUUACUCGAAGCCGACAUCAAUAUUCUCGGGGAAAGAGUCAAAUCCGUCGCCGAACAAAGCCAGAAGUUCCUCGACGUGGAGAACGAAGAGGGGUACAAGCCUUGCGAUCCUCAAUUGGUUUUGGAAAGAGUUCAACAGUUACAAGAAGCCUACGCUCAACUGGCUAGAUUGGCCGUCGAACGUAGAUCUAGACUCGAGGAGAGUAAAAAAUUGUGGCAGUUCUAUUGGGAUAUGGCCGAUGAAGAUAACUGGAUCAAAGAAAAAGAACAGAUCGUGUCUACUUCCGAUAUCGGUCACGAUCUUACAUCCGUUAACCUUCUGCUUAGCAAGCAUAAGAUUCUAGAAAACGAACUAUCCGCUCACGAACCUCAAUUGGAAGACGCAUUGGGCGUCGGUGAGGAACUUAUCGGUUCCGGACACUUCGGAGCUGAAAAAAUACAAGAACGGUUAACGGAAAUCAGAGACGCCUGGAAACACUUGCUGGAUUUGGCCGCGUAUCGCAGGAAAUGCCUGGAAGAGGCCGUGGAUUACCAUCAGUUGUUCGCUGACGCUGAUGACGUGGAUAUCUGGAUGUUGGAUACUCUGAGGUUGGUUUCCAGCGAGGAUGUCGGCCGGGACGAAGGCAACGCACAGUCCUUGCUGAAGAAACAUAAGGACGUGACCGAAGAGUUGAAGAACUACGUUAGCGUUAUCGAAAGUCUUCAUCAACAAGCCGAGGCUCUUGGACCGGACGUUGCCAACUCUCCGGAAGUGUCACAAAGACUGGCUUCCAUCGACAAACGUUACAAGGAACUUCUCGAUAUUGCCAAACUUAGAAAACAAAGAUUGCUCGACGCUCUCUCCCUAUACAAACUCCUUUCCGAGAGCGACGGCGUAGAGCAAUGGAUUAGCGAGAAGGAUCGCAUGCUGCAAACUAUGAUCCCGGCGCGCGACAUCGAAGACGUAGAAAUAAUGAAGCACCGAUACGAUGGAUUUGAAAAAGAAAUGAACGCUAACGCGUCUAGAGUAGCCGUAGUGAAUCAAUUAGCUAGACAGUUACUGCACGUGGAACAUCCUAACUCGGAACAAAUCACUGCCAGGCAAAACCAACUUAACCAGAAAUGGGCGGAAUUGCGCGAAAAGGCCGAGGCCAAGCGCGACGAGCUCAAUUCCGCGCACGGGGUGCAAACUUUCCACAUCGAAUGCCGCGAGACCACCACGUGGAUCGAGGACAAAAUCCGUAUUCUACAAGAAACCGACAGUUUGGAGAUGGAUCUUACCGGUAUUAUGACGCUACAACGGCGUCUUUCUGGAAUGGAGCGGGAUUUGGCCGCCAUUCAGGCUAAACUUAAUUCGCUCCAGAAGGAAGCUGACGGCAUUGAAGGAGAACAUCCCGAGGAAGCUGCUGUUAUUAGAGAACGUAUUGUACAAAUUCAGAUUAUCUGGGAACGUUUGACUCAGAUGCUUAAAGAACGCGAUGCUAAAUUGGAAGAAGCCGGUGAUUUACACAGGUUCCUACGUGAUCUGGACCACUUCCAAUCUUGGCUUACCAAAACCCAAACUGACAUCGCCUCAGAAGACACACCAAGCUCGUUAUCCGAAGCCGAGAAAUUACUGUCUCAACACCAGGCUAUUAAGGAAGAAAUUGAUAAUUAUCGAGACGAUUACACUAAGAUGAUGGAAUACGGGGAAAAGAUCACCGCCGAUCCCAGCACUCAAGACGAUCCUCAGUACAUGUUCUUGAGGGAACGACUAAAGGCUCUGAAAGACGGUUGGGAUGAAAUCCAUCAAAUGUGGGACAACAGACAACACCUCCUGUCGCAGUCUCUAAGCUUGCAACUGCUCGAACGCGACGCACGGCAGGCUGAAGUCGUUCUUAAUCAACAAGAACACACUCUCAGCAAAGACGAGUCUCCCACCACUCUCGAACAAGCCGAGAACCUUCUCAAGCGCCACGAAGCCUUUUUGGCAACUAUGGAAGCCAACGAUGACAAAAUUAACAGCGUCGUCGAAUUUUCGCGAAGACUUUGCGACGAAAAUCACUUCGCAUCUGACAAGAUCGGAAAGCGGGCCGAUAAUUUGGACGAGCGUCGUCUCGCAAACAAAGAGAAGGCUCAGGCUUUGUUCGAAAGACUGCGCGAUCAGUUGGAGCUGCACCAAUUCUUACGGGACUGCGACGAAUUGGGAGAAUGGGUUCAGGAGAAACACAUCACCGCUCAAGACGAAACUUACAGGUCGGCUAAAACUGUUCACUCUAAAUGGACCAGACAUCAAGCUUUCGAAGCAGAGAUUGGUGCUAAUAAGGAACGUCUGUUGAACCUGCAGAGAGCUGGGGAAGAACUGGCCAAGGAAAAACCGGAAUACGCUAGUGCGAUCCAACCGAAAAUCGAAGAGCUGGCCGAUCAGUUUGACGUUUUAGAACAGACAACAAAGGAGAAGGGCGAACGUCUGUUUGACGCUAAUCGCGAAGUACUCAUUCACCAGACCUGCGACGACAUCGACUCGUGGAUGAACGAUCUCGAAAAACAAAUCGAAAGCGACGAUACCGGCUCCGAUCUUGCUUCCGUCAACAUUUUGAUGCAGAAACAGCAAAUGAUCGAAACGCAAAUGGCUGUCAAGGCCAAGCAAGUAGACGAACUCGAAAAACAAACGAAACAUUUGGAAACUGCCGCUCCCGACAAGGACAUCAACGAGAUCAAGGUUAAGAAACAGAAGGUCGAAGAAAGGUUCGAACUCAUCAAGCAACCGCUGCUCGAGAGGCAAAGACUGUUGGAGAAGAAGAAGGAAGCUUUGCAGUUUAGAAGAGACGUCGAAGACGAGCUGCUCUGGAUCGCCGAGAAGUUACCUCAAGCGUUAUCAGUUGAAUACGGCAACAAUCUCUUCCAAGUCAACACGUUACAGAAAAAGAAUCAGUCGUUACAGACAGAAGUCGAUAACCACGAACGCCGUAUCAACACUGUUAGUAAUAACGGUCAAAAACUGAUCGACGAAGGACACGAAGAUUCAGCUGAAUUCAGCAGACUAAUCGGUGAACUGCACAAAGCCUGGCAAGAACUUAAAGAUGCGAUCGAGAAACGUAGAGAACAUUUAUUGAGAAACGAGAGAGCUCAACAGUACUUGUUCGACGCCAACGAAGCCGAAAGCUGGAUGAGCGAACAAGAAUUGUAUAUGAUGGUAGAAGACCGAGGAAAGGAUGAAACUUCUGCCAGGAAUCUAAUGAAGAAGCACGAAAGUUUAGAGGCGGCCGUUGAAGCUUAUGCUGAUACGAUUAGGCAACUUGGAGAGACCGUCAAGGCUCUUGCCGCUGAGGGGCAUCCGUUGGCUGAACAGGUAGCAGUUAAACAGUCCCAACUCGACAAAUUGUAUGCUGGAUUGAAAGACUUGGCUCAAGAACGUCGUGCUAAACUUGACGAAGCCCUACAACUGUUCUUGCUGAACAGGGACGUUGGAGAUUUGGAACAAUGGAUCGCCGAUAGAGAAGUUGUAGCAUCAUCUCAUGAACUCGGUCAGGAUUAUGAUCAUGUUACGCUGUUAUGGGAGAGGUUUAAGGAGUUUGCUCAUGAUACCGAAACAAUUGGAAGUGAGAGAGUUGCCGGAGUCAACGAUAUCGCUGAUUCUCUCAUCGCUGCUGGACAUUCAGACUCAGCCACUAUCGCCGAAUGGAAGGACGGCUUGAACGAAGCAUGGCAGGAUCUGUUAGAACUGAUCGAGACCCGAACGCAGAUGUUGGCAGCUUCCAGAGAAUUACACAAGUUCUUCCACGACUGUAAAGACGUUCUCAGUCGAAUCCUCGAAAAACAAGUGGCCAUGUCCGACGAACUAGGACGAGAUGCCGGUUCAGUAUCUGCCUUACAACGCAAACACCAAAACUUUAUGCAAGAUCUCCAAACGCUUCAGAGCCAAGUGCAGCAAAUCCAGGAAGAAUCUGCUAAACUACAAGCUAGCUACGCGGGUGACAAGGCUAAGGAAAUUACGAAUAGGGAACACGAAGUUGUAUCGGCUUGGGCUAACUUACAGUUGGCUUGCGAUCAACGCAGGGGUAAAUUGGCCGAUACCGGCGACCUAUUCAAGUUCUUCAACCUAGUCAGGACGUUGAUGCAAUGGAUGGACGACGUAAUCAGGCAGAUGAACACCAGCGAGAAGCCUCGAGAUGUCAGCGGUGUGGAGUUGUUGAUGAACAAUCAUUCCAGCUUGAAGAACGAGAUUGAAGCUAGGGAGGAUAACUUUACGUCGUGUAUAUCGCUCGGCAGGGAGUUGUUGAGCAGGAAUCAUUACGCCAGCGCGGAGAUCAAGGACAAACUGGUCACUUUAAAUAAUCACAGGCAGGGUAUGCAGACAAGGUGGGAAGAAAGAUGGGAAAACCUGCAACUUAUCCUGGAAGUGUACCAGUUCGCCCGAGACGCGGCCGUGGCUGAAGCCUGGCUCAUCGCCCAGGAGCCGUACCUCAUGAGUACCGAACUCGGUCAUACCAUCGACGACGUGGAGAACCUGAUCAAGAAACACGAGGCCUUUGAAAAGUCAGCGGCGGCACAAGAAGAGCGAUUUAGCGCGUUGGAAAGACUCACGACGUUCGAACUGAGGGAGAUGAAACGUAGACAAGAAGCAGCCGAAGCGGAGGAAAGAGCACGUAGGGAGAGGGAAGAAGCGGCGCGAUUGGCGGCUCUGGAAGCGGCCAGGCCCAAGGAACUGGAGCAGCCGGCCACCGAUAAGCCGGACGCAGGCGCUUCCGAAGAACGACCAGUGCAUGGACGGCAACGGCAAACGCAAACACUACCGAGCACGUCCACACCACCCCAACCCAGUCCCAGGUCGAAGACAAUGUCCCGUUCGGAGGAGAAGGCUAAGCGCAAAGAUCGUUCGCGUAGCAAGUCGCCCUUCCGCAGCUUCAGGUGGAAAAAGAGCUCGCCCAAAACACCGUCCGGAUCGCACAGUGACGACGAGGGUGUGCACGCAGCUCGCCAAGAAGCUUCAAGUCCCGACGAAGAUGGUUUUGAAGGACACUUGGUUCGUAAACACGAAUGGGAGAACACAACUGUCAAAUCAACAAACAGGUCGUGGGAUAAGGUGUAUUUAGUAUUGAGAGGUAGCCAGCUCUCGUUCUACAAAGACUCCAAAACGGCCAAGUACACGCCCGAUCAGCGAUUUAGGGGCGAAGCUCCGCUCCAGUUGUAUGGAGCCACAGCUUCCGUCGCUACUGACUACAAGAAGAAGAAACACGUUUUCAGAUUGAAGCUCGAGAACGGUGGCGAUUUCCUCUUCCAAGCCCACGACGACGCCGAAAUGAACAGCUGGAUCUCGCGCAUCAACGCGCACGCCGACCCCACCGCGUCCGGCCCCUCCCGCUCCCAAACUUUGCCCGCUUCCGCGCAGAAGGAAGACCAGAAACGGCGCAGCUUCUUCACUCUUAAGAAACAAUAAGUUAAUUAAACGAUAAAAUUUUAACUGAGCUACUUUCAUCACUAAUCUUUACGCUUUACCUGAUGGACUGGAGUAGGUCCCGAUUCUUCUACGCCCCGUUUUUUGUAUUAGCAUUAAUUAAGUAAUAAUAUAUUUUUCUUGUAGAUUGCACAUUAUUCUAGUAAUUUAAAUGUAUAGAACCUAUAUGAUGUGAUUAAAAAUUAAAUCAAAUGUUCGACUUUCCAGAGACACGCCAGAGAAUAUUGGUCUGGAUUGAAUUUUAUUUAUUGUAACGAAAUUGAAAUGAGUUAGAAAUUAAAUGCUGAUUAUUGUGGUAGCUAAGACGUCUGCGUGUCUCUUGUUUAAGUCGAUCCGUAUAGAAUUAUCGACUGGGGCACAAAAAUACUCCCCUCAGCUGAAUGCCAGUGUUUAUUGAACUCUUAAAUCGAAAGUUAUACCAAUUUUAGAUUUUAACGUGUUCCCAAACAAACCCUGUAUUCGCCUUCGUAUCAUUGGACGGGAGAUGAAAAAUCUAAAGAAUAUAAUAUACUAUUAUAUAUUAACUGGAUAAGGAUAAAACUCUAACGUGUAUUCUUGUGUUACGUUCUUUUUAAAUUUUUUAUUUUUUGUUGCAAUAGUUAAUAUAUAUUUAAUUAAGGCUUUGCUUAGCAAGGUAAGGUGACAAGUCAUUUAUUGAGGUACGUCAUUGAUUUGUAUUUGUAGAGUUACGUCUAUUUUACUAUGUAUGCUUUUAAAAAAUGGAGUUAUAUUAAAAUGAAUAAAUAUUGUUUUUGGUACA